ACUAACUAGCCUAGAAUCUGGCCACACUGAAUAUCUCUCAAUUUCACUAUUACUCCACCUCAGUGUAGAUUCCAGGUUAUGCUUGAAACAAAAUUUCAAAGUAGUAAAUAAUCUGAUUAUCUUCCCUGGUCCUUUAUUGGUAACACUACCCUUUAUAAGGGUUUAUAAGUAACGGUCAUAGUUUAUAACAAUGAAAGAUGUCCAUCCUAACCUUAUACAACACAGGACCAUUACAGAUUAAAAACAGUCUUGAUAAUCGUUUUUUUAACAGAUGAUAGAAAACAAAGUAAUGUAGCCUCUUGGGUUCUGAUGGACUACCACAGUUGAAAUAAACUCAUGCGGCAUUUAUAAAUUAUAUUCUCAAGAAUCAAUGGGUACAUUUCAUUAAUGUACAAGUCCAAAAAUGGAUGUAUCUACUGCUGAUUGCCCCUUUAACAGUAAGAUUCAUAUCGGCCUACAUAGGUUUUGUGUGAAUAAAAUAUACGUCUACCUGCUAGUUUUAAUUUAUAUUAAAAUGCGUUUAAGGAUAAUACGAAUUUGGUAAGACCAUGUACGCUUUCCGUACAAACUUUUUUUUUUUUUACUAACAAUUCCAACAUGGCUGCGAUCAGGAGUGGAGUGACUCCGGGUUGUCUAACGAGAUGUUUUUUAAGACAAAGUGGAAUAUCAAGUGCAAGCAACCCUUCAUUUACAGAGAGAUGGAACCAGAGGUUUCUACAGAGAUCCCAUCUUCACACAGUAAUAGAGUGCAGGAGUCCUACAACUAGAGCUGUUCUCGGUCGACGUCACAAUGGACGGUUAUUAUUGGUCAGCGCUGUGUCCGUCAGGCACAACAGCUCACAGGUCCCAAGUGAAAGUAUACCUACGGCAACUCCAGUGCUGGAAGCAUCCAUUGCCAGCCCUGUCGUCGUUGACCCCGCCUCUAUUAACACAGAGCCAAUCGCCGAGCAGGUGUUAGAGGCUGCACCAACCGCAGUGGAUAUUCUGCAGGGGGUGGGAGCAGAGCUGAGCCUAUCAGAGCUGGGCCUGGGGAGCGCCACUCCUGUUGGCCUGGUCCAGAACCUACUGGAGUUCAUGCAUGUGGACAUUGGGAUGCCGUGGUGGGGAGCCAUUGUUGUAGGCACAGUGCUGGCUCGCAUCAUGGUGUUCCCGGUCAUCGUGAAGGGUCAGAGGGAGGCGGCCAAGCUGAACAACGUUAUGCCAGAGAUGACUAAACUCACCAACAAGAUGAACGAGGCCAAACAGAGUGGAAACAAGUUCGACUUUGCUAAGGCGUACUCUGACCUGACCAUGUUCCAGAAGAAACAUGACGUCAACCCUCUCCGUGGCUUCCUUGUCCCUUUGGUGCAGACUCCAGUCUUUAUCUCCUUCUUCAUCGCUCUCAGAAAGAUGUCCUACCUCCCCGUCCCCAGUAUGCAGACAGGAGGUUGCUUGUGGUUCUUAGACCUCACAGCAGCAGAUCCUUUCUACAUUCUCCCCAUUGCUGUGACCGGGACCAUGUUCGCUAUACUGGAGCUGGGGGCAGAGUCUGGUGUGGACAACCCUAACCUGAAAGCCAUGAAGACAGUGUUCAGAAUCAUGCCCUUCGUCAUCCUCCCUCUCACCAUUAACUUCCCCACGGCGGUGUUUACGUACUGGAUGACGUCCAACUGCUUCUCCCUGGCCCAGGUGGCCCUGCUCAAACACCCCCUGGUCAGACAGAAGCUGAGGAUCCCAGAGAGGAUCGAACACCCUACCUCCGCCCUGCCCCAGAACGACGGCUUCUUCGAGACCAUCAAGAAGGGCUGGAAGAACGCUCAGCUUGCCCAGCAGUUGGAGGAGAGGGAGAGGAGGAUCAAGAACCACCUGGAUAUUGCAUCAAAAGGUCCAUUGAGACAGACCUUCACUCACAACCCUCUACAGCAGUCGACACCAUCCAUUGCAGCAGCAACCAAGUCAGCCAAAGCAAAACAAGCAUCCCCGGCAACCGGUGGUAAGAAGAGGCCAUGGGAGGAGACUAUUGGUUGAAGAAGAGUGACAGUUUGAAGGCCCAAUGAAUUAUGUGUGCAUAUUUAUUGAGUGAGAAGUGUGUGGAGGGAUUGGUAGACAGGACAUGGGCGCACAGGGUUUGUCAUAAAUGUAGUCUAAAUAAAGAGCAAACUCUUCUGUUGCCUUAAAACGUCUUGUGUACAUUAUGACAACCUGAAUUCUGAUUUGAAAACAGGAAAACGUAUAGUUGAUUAUAUCCAUUGGAAUGACUGCAAUGGAAUUGUUAAGUUAUAUAUAUAUAUAUAUAUAUACACAAUUGAUCGUUCCCCGUUGUGCUGUUCUUAUUUGAUAGUUUUCAAGAGCUAAGAAGUUAAAGCAGAUAUCCAAUUUUUUGACUUGAAUGCUAAUCAUUAAAAAUGUUAAAUUCGC